AUGAGCCAAGAUCCUGACAUCGAGAAGGCACUUGCCGCGUGGACGAAGAAAUGCCAGCGCAAUGGGAUUGCUUUGGAUGACAAAACAAUCAUGGAGAUGGCCCUUUUCUGGGCUCAAACCUGCAGGCUUCCCGAGGGUAAGAAGCCGGCUUUGAGCAGUGACUGGCUGAAAGACUACAAGCAAGAUAAUAACUUCCUUUUCGCCUGCAACCCAAGUUGCGCAAAUACCAUAGCACCAUCGGCAAUCGCUGUCCUUGAGUCCAAAGUGGGAAAUAAUAAAGCUUGUACAGCCAUCAAGAGAGGCCCAGCAAUUUUAAUCAAAAAGCAAUGCAAGGCUGCCAUGCACCCACCUUCCGGAUCUCUAGAGACUUCCGGUCUUCCGCGUAGCAACGCAGGGGGAUCCCCCGGCAAGGGUGAGGUAUCGCAAGCCCUGGAACUCGUCGUAAGAUAUUUCUAG